AGGCAGGAACUCCUCGAGAAGGUCAACACAGUUUUUUCUAUUCUUUUAAAAGUUUAUACAGAUCAUGUCUGAUUUUAGUAUAUAGUAUUGCAUCAGGGAUUUUUUUCUCAUCCUGUUUUUUGUGUUUGUUUGUAAUAAUUCGUUUUUUCCUUUUUUUUCUGGUAAAGAUUAAAAAAAAUGGCAAAACUAAAACAACGCUCUGGAAAGCAAAAAGUGCUUAAACAGAAGAAAAAAUUCGGAGAAAGACUAGUCAUAGGUAAAAGUAAAAUGGCAAUGAAGAAACAAUUAAAAAAGAAAGAAGAUCAAUCUCAUGAAAGCGAUUUUGAAAUCACGGUUGAAAAUGCAAACAGUAAGAUUCAAAUUGAGGCUUUCGAUGAAAAAAGUGCAGGCCAUGAACUGAAUACAAGAGAGAUGGUAAAAAAACAAAAUAAAAAGCAACAAAAAUCUGGUGGUUUUCAAGCAAUGGGCUUGUCACACCAAAUUUUCAAAGGUGUUAUUCGUAAGGGCUAUAAAGUACCAACACCCAUUCAACGAAAGACAGUCCCUCUCAUAAUGGAUGGGAAAGAUGUGGUUGCUAUGGCAAGAACAGGUUCUGGCAAAACCGCUGCAUUUCUGGUCCCAAUGUUUGAAAAACUGCAAGCUCAUUCGACGAAGGGUGCUCGAGCAUUGAUUCUAUCUCCCACUCGUGAACUUGCCAUACAAACAAUGAAAUUCACAAAAGAUCUUGGAAAAUACACGGAUCUAAAGUUUACUCUGAUACUUGGCGGUGACAGCAUGGAGAACCAAUUUGCUGCUCUACACGAAAAUCCUGAUGUGCUGGUCGCAACUCCUGGCCGGUUCCUUCAUUUGCUUGUUGAAAUGGAGAUAAAGUGUGUGGAGACGAUAGAAUAUGUCGUGUUUGAUGAAGCAGACAGCUUGUUUGAAAUGGGCUUUUCGGAACAAUUGCAAGAAAUUAUUAAAAGACUUCCAGACUCCAGACAAACAGUUCUGUUUUCUGCAACUCUGCCAAAGGUAUUGAUAGAUUUUGCAUCAGCUGGUUUAACAGACCCAACUCUUAUAAGACUUGAUGUCGACACAAAAAUCAGUGAUAAAUUAAAGAUGAAAUUUUUCCUUCUGCGUCAUGACGACAAAUUAGCAUGUUUACUUCACCUGUUACAAACUUUCAUACCAACUGAAGAACAAACUGUUGUUUUUGUAUCCACCAAACAUCAUGUCGAGUUUCUACAAGAGCUUCUAACUAACGCCGGAUUGGAUUGUUCCUACAUUUACUCAUCUCUUGAUCAAACUGCUCGAAAGAUAAAUUUGGCCAAGUUCCGGAAAAAGCUAGCAAUGAUCUUAAUUGUGACAGAUAUUGCUGCACGUGGUAUUGACAUUCCAAUGCUGGAUAAUGUUGUUAACUUUGAUUUUCCUUCUAAACCCAAGAUAUUCAUACACAGAGUAGGUCGUGUUGCAAGAGCUGGCAGGUCUGGAACAGCAUAUUCUUUUGUUAUGAAAGAUGAGAUGGCGUUUCUUAUGGAUUUGCACUUGUUUCUGGGACGACCUUCAAAAUAUGCUUCGUCAACGACUUUAAAAGAUGAGGACGGAAUCAUUGGCACUGUUCCUCAAUCAGCCAUUACUGACAAAAUCGACUUUGUACGAAAUGUGUCAUUGACAAAUUUUAACCUUAUGUCCCUUCACAAAGUGAUGUUAAACGGGUACAAACAGUAUGUACGUUCGAGAGAAUGCGCAUCAGCUGAGUCUAUAAAACGUAGCAAAGAAAUCGAUAUAACUGCCAUUUCAGAUCAUCCCAUGUUUGCUGACCUGUUUACAGAUACGAAGUUAACGAAAUUAUUAUCAGACUUGCAAAAAUUCAAACCGAAUUUGACCGUGUUCGAAUCAAUGAAUACAAAGAAGUCGAAGGAAACAGAAAGUGUGAUGAGGAUGAAAAGGGAGUACCACUCUUCUGUGAUCAACAGACAAAAGCAAAAAUUAAAAGAUAAAAAAACAGAAGUGAGAGAAGAAAAAGUGUCAACUAUUGCUGAUGACGCGUAUAUAGCUGAUCUGUUUGCCGUCAAUGGGUAUAAAGACGAAAAUUAUAUUCAACGUCAGUCAUCGGAUUUUCAUGGUGAGCAAGGGUUCAAUAUAAAGUCAUUCAAGAACGAAGCCAACGAUUUAGCAGUUGAUUUCACAGCAGACGACUCCUCUGUAAUAAAGAAAAAUGCAGCGUCUAAAAAAUGGGAUCGUAAACGCAAAAGAUUUGUAUCAACUGAAAGAGAGAAAGCAAAAAAGAUAAAAACAGAGAGUGGAAACUAUAUCCCUGCAUCCUACAAAUCAAAAAGAUACGAUGAAUGGAUGAAGAAAAGCAAUUUUAAAAGGUCCGCUAACGAUUAUAGUGACAACGAGGAUGCUAGUCGUGGAGAGAAAGGUAAAACCUUACCUCGUCAGCAGGGCAAGAAGAAAAACAAAAUGAUUAGAUACGCUGGAAAUAAAAAGCAAAUGAAUGGAACGUUGAAGACGAAGGAUCAAAUGGUUAAUAAUCGAAUUUAUACACAAACUAAGGAAUCAUACUUGCGUAAAAAAGAGAAGAAAGGAGGUAGAAGAAAAUGAACAUUUUAAUUUUUUAACUAGUAAAUAAAAAAUCCCAUUUCAA